AUGACUCACUGUGAGGGAGUGUCUAAAUGUCGACGUAGGAGCCUUUCACUCCUUCACACCAGCACUCUCCUUCCAUACCUCCAUGCUGGGGGCGCAAACGAGGAGGACCAUCUCCACUCCUUUUCUCCCAUUGAUCGAGCCGCUGCGGUCACUCGCAUAUACAGUCCUGGCGGGAAGAUGGAUCUACUGCUGCAGCUCCUACGGCUCCACACUCUGAGCGUCUUCAGCGCUGCGUCCGCCGCUUCUCACUAUAACUGCAACAGUCCACUUGUGUCCCCUUUACAACAGUCUUCCUUCCAGAGCUCUUCACAGUCCUCCAUCAGUUAUGCUGCUCACAACGCCAAGCUCAACAGGAGAGAUGGAGCAGGGGGCUGGUCUCCCAUGGUAACAGACAAGAAACCCUGGCUCCAGGUGGACCUAAGGGAACAGAAGGAGGUGACAGCAGUGGCCACGCAGGGGCGCUACAACAGCUCAGACUGGGUCAGCAGAUACUUACUGCUCCACAGUGACACAGGCCAGGCCUGGAAACGGUACAGACAGGAUGAUGGUGUCUGGAGGUUCGUGGGGAACAUGAAUUCAGAGGCUGCUGUCCAGAACAAGCUGUCCCACUCAGUGAAAACCCGUUUCCUGCGCUUCAUCCCUCUGGACUGGAACCCGAGUGGCUGGCUUGGCCUGAGAGUGGAGGUGUAUGGCUGCUUCUACAAGUCAGAUGUGGCAGACUUUGAUGGCAGAAGCUCUCUGCUGUACCGGUUCAACCAGAAGUCCAUGUCCACAAUGAAGGAUGUGAUCUCUUUGCGUUUCAAGAGCCGCCAGGCUGAGGGGGUUUUACUGCAUGGGGAGGGACAGAGAGGAGAUUACAUCACCCUAGAGCUUCACCGAGGAAGACUGGCCCUCUACCUCAACCUAGACGACACCAGGCUGAGGUUCAGCAGCAGUCGUGUUGCUGUCACAGUGGGCAGUCUGCUGGACGACCAGCACUGGCACUCUGUCGUCAUUGAGCGCUUCAACAAACAGGUGAACCUCACAAUGGACUCCCACACGCAGCAUUUCCAAACCAAAGGGGAGGGAGACUCACUGGAGGUCGACUAUGAGCUGAGCUUUGGCGGCAUUCCGCUGCCUGGCAAACCUGGAACCUUUCUCAGGAAGAACUUCCACGGCUGCAUUGAAAACCUAAACUACAACGGUAUCAACAUCAUCGACCUGGCAAAGAGACGCAAGCCACAGAUUUACACCGUGGGAAAUGUGACCUUCUCGUGCUCCUGGCCCCACCUGCCUGCCUGCACCUUCCUGAGCUCCAGCAGCAGCUUCCUGUUGCUCCCAGCGGCUGCACCAUCUGGCCUCAUGGCAGGCUUCUCUGUGUGUUUCCAGUUCAGGACAUGGAACUCUGAAGGGCUACUGCUCUCUGUGCAACUGAGCCGAGAGUCCUGGAGACUGGAUCUGCAGAUCAGCAGCAGCCAGCUCCUCCUGACCCUCCACAGUUCAGGACAGCAGAGAUCAGAGGCCUCGGCAGGUUACAGAGUCAAUGAUGGACUGUGGCACUCUGUCAAUCUGGACACCAGAGGUCUACAGAUCACUCUGAUUCUGGACAGUGAGCCGGCCACCACCAUUGAGAAGUGGGAACAACUGGAGGCCAUAGGCAACUUCUACUUUGGAGGCUGUCCCCCAGCGGGCUGUCCGAACCUGACUCUGGCCUUCCAGGGCUGCAUACGCCUUAUAUCCAUCAACGGUCAGCAGGUCAACCUCAAUCAUGUCCAACAGCGACUGCUGGGAAAUUACAACGGACUCCAGUUUGAUACCUGCAACAUAAGAGACAGGUGUCUUCCUAACCUGUGUGAACAUGGAGGGCAGUGUGGGCAGUCCUGGAGCUCCUUCUCCUGCGACUGCUCUGGGACUGAUUACUCUGGAGCUACGUGUCAUAACUCCAUCUAUGAGACGUCCUGCACGGCCUACAAGCUGAUUGGCAGCUCUUCUGGCUUAUACACCAUUGAUCCAGAUGGGAGUGGCCCCCUGGGGCCCACCGAGGUCUACUGCAAUAUGACAGAGGAGCGAGUGUGGACAGUGAUGACCCACAACGUCACAGCUCCAGUCAGAGUCCAGGGCUCAUCUCUGCAGCAUCCUCAUAUCAUGAAGUUAAAAUACAGUGCCUCGGCUGAACAAAUGCGCUCCAUCAUAAUGGCCUCAGAGCAGUGCCAACAGGAAGUGGUUUACAGCUGCAGGAAGUCCCGCCUCUUCAACACCAAAGACGGACACCCGUUGUCCUGGUGGUUGGACCAGAGAGGAGAUAGGCGGAGCUACUGGGGAGGCUUCCUGCCUGGAGUCCAGCAGUGCUCCUGCAGCCUGGAGGAGAACUGCAUCGACAUGAACUACUUCUGCAACUGCGAUGCUGACAAAGCCUCGUGGGCCAAUGACUCAGGCGUCCUAUCCUAUAAAGAGCACCUGCCAGUGAGCCAUGUGGUGAUCGGAGACACCAACAGAACGGGCUCGGAGGCCAUCUACCAAAUCGGACCUCUUCGUUGUUAUGGAGACAAGUCCAUUUGGAAUGCAGUUUCCUUCUACCAGGAGUCCUCCUCCCUCGUCUUCCCCACUCUACAAGGCGAGCUCACCUGCGACAUCUCCUUCUACUUCAAAACCAGUGUUCGAUCAGGAGUCCUUCUGGAGAACCUGGGCCAUAAAGACUUCAUUCGAGUGGAGCUCAGCUCUCCCUCAGUGGUGACUUUCUCCUUUGACGUUGGAAAUGGUCCGGUGGUCCUGGCUGUGAAGUCCCACCUCCCUCUGAAUGACAGGCAGUGGCACUACGUGAGGGUGGAGCGUAACAUAAAGGAGGCGUCGCUACAGGUUGACCAGCUUCCUCUCCACUUCCUGGAGGCUCCAGCUGAUGGACACUGCUGCUUACGCCUCAACAACCAGCUGUUUGUAGGGGCAACAGCGUCCCAGCAGAGAGGCUUCCUGGGCUGCAUCAGGACUCUUACUGUCAAUGGUGUGAUCUAUGACCUGGAGGAGAGGGCGAAGAUGACUCCAGGGGUGAGCUCUGGGUGUCCGGGUUACUGCAGCAGUUUCAGCAGCCCCUGCCACAACAGAGGGAGGUGUAUCGAGAAGAGCAGCGGCUAUACCUGUGACUGCUCGCAGUCAGCCUACGGAGGACCCAACUGUAAAGAAGAAGUGUCAGUGUCCUUCGACACAGAGUCCUCGGUCACCUUCACCUUCCAGGAGCCCCUCUCAGUGAUGCAAAACAGAAGCUCUCAGGCAUCCAGUGUUUCCAGAGAAAGCAGCAGCAGGUCCAGAGAGGACGUGGCGUUCAGUUUCAUCACCUCCCACAGUCCGGCCAUGCUGCUGACCGUCAGCACCUUCAGCCAGCAGUACAUGGCUAUCAUCCUGGCUCGCAAUGGAAGUCUGCAGAUCUGGUAUCACCUGCAGACACACAGGAAGCCAGACAUGUUCAUUCCCAUCCUCAGCAGCCUGGCAGAUGGACGGCUGCACCACAUCAGAAUCCAUCAUGAGCGCAAAGACCUGUAUGUACAGAUCGACCAGGACAUCCACAGGAAGUACACCAUGUCAUCUGAUGCAGAGCUGAUCUUAAUCAGAGCCUUGACACUGGGCAAAGUCAUCAGAGGAGACAACUGCCUGGACGAGGUGGUUGAAGCAUGUUCGAGGGGUUUCAUUGGCUGCCUCUCCUCAGUCCAGUUUAAUCACAUGGCUCCUCUGAAAGCCCUGCUGCUGAAUCGAGGGAGCUCAUUGGUCACGGUCCGGGGUCCACUGGUCCAGUCCAACUGUGGAGCCCUGGCAGACUCCAUCACAUCACACAAUCUGAGAGACCAAACUGCAACAACAGAUAAAGAGAAGGAACAGCAUGGCAGUGAUAGCAGACAUGAUGUGGCUAUAAUCGCAGGUGUGUCCACAGCCGUGGUGUUCAUCGUAGUCUGUGUCCUGGCCUUGGUGACCCACCUCCUGUACAGGAGUUGGAUCCAGAGGAGCAACAAAAGCAUCAAGGAGAAGGAGCAUUGCCACGGCAACAGGACAGGGAUUCACAUAAACAACUCACUCAGGGACAACAUGAAGGAGUACUACAUCUGACUACAGGAAGAACUACAUCUGACUACAUCUGACAACAUGAAGGACUACAUCUGACUACAUUAAGUACUUCAUCCGACUACAGGAAGGAGUUCUACAUCUGACUAUAGCAAGGAUAUACUUCAUCUGACUAUAGGAAGAAGUACUACAUCUGACUACAUGAGGUACUUGAACUGACUACAGGAACGGGUACUACAUCUGACUACAGGAAGUACUACAUCUGACUACAUGAGGAAGCCAGAAGUCAGAAAAAGUAAUAUAUCUGACUACAUGAAGAACUACAACUGACAACAGCAAGUACUACGUCACAUGUCGUUCUACAUGACAACAUGAAGAACAACAUGUGAAGGAGUACUACAUAUGGCUACAUGAAGGAGUACUACAUCUGACUGCAUGAAGUACUACAUCUGACUGCAUGAAGUACUACAUCUGGCUACAUGAGGAAGCAAUACAUGUGACUAUACAUCUGACUACAGGAAGAACUACAACUGACAACAGCAGGUACUACGUCACAUGUCGUUCUACAUGACAACAUGAAGAACAACAUGUGACUACAUGAAGGAGUGCUACAUAUGGCUACAUGAGGAAACACUAUAUGUGACUACACAAAGGAGUACUACAUCUGACUACAUGAAGUACUACAUUUGACAACAGGAAGGAGUACUACAUCUGACUACACAAAGUACUACAUCUGCUAGGAAGGAGUACUACAUCUGACUACAGGAAGGAGUACUGCAUCUGGCUAUAGGAAGGAAUACUACAUCUGACAACAUGAAAUACUACAUCUGACUACAUGAAGUACUACAUCUCACUGCAGGAAGGAGAACUACAUCUGACUACAUGAACAAAUACUACAUCUGACUACAGGAAGUAUUAAAUCCAACUACAGGGAGUACAACAUCUGAGUACAUGAAGGACUACAUCUGAGUACACAUCUGACUACAGGAAGGAGUACUACAUCUGACAACAGGAAGGAGUACGAAAUCUGAAUAUAUAAACUACUACACCUGACUACAUGAAGCACUACAUCUGACUACUGGAAAUACUACAUUUGAGUACAUGAAGGAGUAUUACAUCUGGCAUGAAGUACAUGAAAUACUACACCUGAGUACAUGAAAGAGUAAUACAUCUGACUACAGGAAGUACUACAACUGACAACAGGAAGUAGUAUAUAUGGCUACAUGAAGGAGUACAACGUCUGACAACAGGAAGGAGUACUACAUCUGACUGCAUGGAGUACUGUCUUUAACUACAGGAAGGAGUACUACAUCUGACGACAUCUGACUAUAGGAAGGAGUUCUACAUCUGACCCAAUAAACUGGUACACCUCAUUACAUGAAGUACUACAUCUGACUACACAAAACACUACAUCUGACUACAUGAAAGAGUAAUACAUCUGACUGCAUAAAGUACUACAUCUGAAGGAAGGAUUACUACAUCUGACUACAUGAACGAAUACUACAUCUGACUACAGGAAGUACUACAUCCAACUACAGGAAGUACUACAUCUGACUACAUGAACGAAUACUACAUCUGACUACAGGAAGUACUACAUCCAACUACAGGAAGUACUACAUCUGAGUACAUGAAGGACUACAUCUAAGUACAAUAAGUACUGCAUCUGGCUACAGGAAGUACUACAUCUGACUACUAAUCUAAGCCACAUACCUCUCUCAUACCUGGGUUUGACCACGUGGAUUAGUUCUUGCACCAUUCCUGAUGAGCACAGAUCUGUCAGCUCCAGACCUGCUCCUGGACCAGGUAUUGCUAUUGAGGGGGGGGACUCUUCACAGUUGUUUCUGACAGCUUCACAGUGGUGCUGCUGCAGUUUUAAAUCAGCAGAUGAGAAGGAAUUAACAGAACAUGCUGCACCACCUGAAUGUGCACAACAUCUUCUUAUUUCUUAUCUCUCUUGUUUUCGAUGAAUUUCUGACCCUGAUUGUUUCCACACUUCAGUAGAAUAUACUCCAUGUGUACAUGUUCAAAUUGGCUGCCAUUUUUGUUUUUUAGUGUCGUAGUUAAUCUUGUUGUGUUGAGAGGAAAGAGAACAGGGGCCACCCCUGCCUACUGUAUGCACUGAGUGCCUAAUCUGUCAUCAUGGUUUCCUUCCUUUAGACUUUAUCUAGGCUUGAUCAGCACUAAGGCAUUCCCAUCUCCACUUGCAGGAGCUUUUUGUCGUUUAGCCCAAAUAAAACACUGAAGGAUGAAGGUGGAAAUUUACUAUAGCUCAACCACAUCCGUCGUUUGACCACUUGACAAUGUGUGAAAUGUUCUGCUGUUUCUGCACUGCAUUGCUGCAGUAGUAUUAAUCACUAACUCAGAGGUUUUUAUUUAUUAUUAUUUAAUUUUUGCAUUGCAAUGCAGUUUAUCAUAUGAUUUCUUUUUAUUAUGAUUAAUAAUUUGUACAACUGCAGUUUUAUUAGAGGGAUAUUGUAAAGAUGGGUAAUUUAAUAAUAAAACUCAAUAUAUUCUUA